UAUCGCUCAAAAGGGAAGGAAAAGUCCGAAAGAAAAGAAACAGAAAACCGUCAGGUUGUCAAAAAUUUUGUCUAAUUUUGGUGGACUCGCUGGCUGCUGUUCGGUUCGUCGGUCGUCGCCGCAUCACACUCAAUUUCGAUCUCACAAAACGCAGCAGCAGCGGUUCGCGCGGGUCGUCGUCAGCAACUUUGGUUGGAAAUUACUGGAACAACUUUUCGUCGGAACAGUUCCGGAAGAUCUCGUCGCGGUGGUUUUAAUUAGUUUUGGGUUCCGGCAGUGAAUUCCACCCCCUUAGUUCGUCACGGGAAAGAAAAACUUCUAAAAAAAAAUCAAAAAUGAAUGUGCUGAGCAGUGCAAAGUCGGCGAUAUUCAGCUAUUUGAUGGUGGUCUACCUGUUCUACAAUCCCACGGACAGCGGAGCGGUGCAGCUCAACAGUGAGAAUCUGGAUAUGACGUUAGCUUCUAAUGAACUAGUAUUUAUCAAUUUCUACGCGGAAUGGUGCCGGUUCAGCAACAUUUUGCAGCCCAUCUUUGACGAGGCGGCCGACAAGGUCCGCGAAGCGUUCCCCGAGGCGGGUCGCGUCGUGAUGGGCAAGGUGGACUGCGACAAGGAGUCGUCGGCGGCGUCCCGCUUCCACAUCUCCAAGUAUCCCACGCUGAAGGUGAUCCGGAACGGGCAACCAACGAAGCGGGAGUACCGAGGGGCGCGAACCGUCGAGGCGUUCGCCGACUUUAUCAAGAAGCAGCUCGAGGAUCCGAUCAAGGAGUUCUUCAACCUGAAGGACCUGGAGGUUCUGGACACCAAGAAGCGGAUAGUGGUGGGGUACUUUGACCGGCGGGACAUGGUCGAGUACAACACGUUCCGGAGGGUGGCCACCAACCUGAAGGAGGACUGCGUGUUUUACGCUGGGUUUGGGGACGUCGUGACGGCGAUGCAUCCGCCAGGAACUGUAUCAAGACACCCCAUCAUCGUGUUCCGGCCGGACGUGGCCGUGUCGGACGCGAACGACGAAACCUUCACCGGCAACCAGAACAACUUUGACGAGCUCAACAUCUGGGUGCAGCAAAAGUGCGUCCCGCUCGUACGUGAAAUCACCUUCGAAAACGCCGAAGAGCUCACCGAGGAGGGUCUGCCGUUCCUGAUUCUGUUCCAUGGCCCGGACGACCACCAGUCGAUCAAGGACUACAAGACGAUCAUCGAGACGCAGCUGAUUACGGAGAAGCAGAAUAUUAACUUUUUGACGGCGGACGGCAAGAGGUUCGCGCACCCGUUGCACCACCUGGGCAAGAGUCAGUCGGAUUUGCCGCUGAUUGCGAUCGACUCGUUCCGGCACAUGUAUCUGUUCCCGAGCUUCAAGGACAUGUUCGUGCCGGGCAAGUUGAAGCAGUUCCUGAACGAUCUGUACAGCGGAAAGUUGCAUCGCGAAUUCCACUACGGCCCGGAAAAGUCCGACGACAACACGAUCGAGGUGAUGGUCGUGAGCAACAACGGCCAGGACGGUGGCCCCCGGAAAGGCACGACGCCGCCGGAAUCGACGUUCAAGAAUCUGGCCCCGUCCAACAAGCGGUACACGCUGCUUAAAGACGAACUGUAGAGCGAGACUUUUCCAGCCUGUUUUUCUUUUUAGUAGAUUCCGUUCCAAAUUUUUUUUCGUCCACCUUUUUUUUCCUCAUUGAUGUUGCUUUACCCUAUUUACAAGACAGAGAAUAAAGUUUGGUCUUAUUUCUUGAGGGUUUUCUAAAAAUUAAAUUCGACGAAAAUUGAAAAACAAAAAAUCAGAACCAUAAGGCCUGCGCUUUGACUAUAUUAGUGCUACUAUUCUAAAACAAAUCACGGCGAAGAGGAAGAAGAAGAGAAAACAACCAAUCUUAGAUGUGUAAAACUUCAAACUAGUUCAGCUAAAACGAUGAUGACGAUGAUUCAGAUUGUGUGACCGUGGCUGAAUGAAAAGAGAGAGAGAAAAAGUGAGAAUGUCUGUGAAGAGUGCAAGUGAAAAGUGCAAGUGUGAAACGGAAGUUUUAAUCGUUCGAGUUAUUUGAAUCAAAUAUACAAACUGAUGCAGAGUGUGUAGUAACUUGCGAGGAAGUUUAGUGAAGAAUCAAAUGUAAAACGAAGCAAAACUUAAAUUCUUUCCAUCAUUUUAAUCUAAACAUUUAUACACAAAUUAAACACAAAAUCCACACGAAAUAGUAAAAAAUUGGCAGAGAAGAAGAAAAUAGUGCAGAAAAAAGUGAUACUUGGUUACACAAACAAACAAAAGCCGGAUUCAUUGGAAAUUUUAUAGAGUGCAACUGCGUUGGAAUGUGUAACACGCCCCCCUCCUUCUUUUUUUGUUAAUUCGUAUUACAUAAAUAAAAGUCUGUAUAAAUAAAUGAAAGUAAAUUAAGAGAAUAAACGAAAAUCUGAAUAAUCUAAAUAUUGA